AUGCCGACGCCCGAAUCCGCCGCGUUCCUGGCCAAGAAGCCCAAGGUGGCGCCGACCUUUGACGGCGUUGACUACGACGACAACAAGGCGCUCAAGGCGGCGCAGGACGCCAUUGUCCGCGAGCAGUGGGUGCAGGUCAUGAUGGGUCGGCUGAUCCGCGAGGAGCUCGGCAAGUGCUACUACAAGGAGGGCGUCAACCACUUGGAAAAGUGCGGUCACCUCAGAGCUCGAUCAUUCACAACCACGCUGCGACCUCUGAAUGCUGCCGCCGCCGCCCCAUCACCGGCCACUGAUGCGGCACCAGCAUCAGAAGCGCCCGCCGAGACUGCAGCGAACGCAACUCCGGUCUUGUCUUCCUGCCCCAAGGGCACCAUCCUCAAGGGUCUCAACUACUUCAAGGACCGGUCCGACCCCGUCGCACUGGCCGACGAUGCAUACCCUGCUUGGCUGUGGAACUGCAUCAGCGUGACCAAGAAGGCGGCUACCGUCGACGCGGAUGCCGGAGCGGAUGAAUUCUCAAAAUCAAAAAAGCAGCGUCGCUUGGCAGCCAAGAAGCAGCGCGCCCUCGAGGCCCAGCUCCUCGCAUCCGGAGACCUGUCCGCACUGGCCCCCAAGAUCCCCGUGCAGCAGCAGUCCAUCAACCUGCCCGGCGCCGAGGACGGCUCGGUCGAGUCCGCCGUCGAGGCCGCCCAGACGCGCGAGGCGCUCCGGUCGGCCAUGCGCAAGGAGCGCAAGGCAAAGAUCAGGGAAAACAACUACCUCAGGUCCAUGUGA